AUGAUAGACUUUCCCAACGGGACUGCCGGUGUGAUGAGCCUGCUCAGCUCAAGCGCCGCGUUUCUCGACGAGCUGGGUUCGGCCAGCGGUGGGUUGCUGUUACAAGCGGCGGGAAAUCCCUCGACGCCCGUUGGAAACGCCUCCACUGCGCUCGGCAACUACUCCACACCGUCCUCGUUUACGGAACACAGCUCAAUGGCUCCGCUGCUCACCACGACGCUGCUGAACGUGAACGGCACGCUAGAGUUCGGUACCACUGGUACCGGUGGAGGAUCGGCCGGAAACCUGACGCACUCGUUCACCAACUUCGUGCACAAGGAGUUCAUUUUCGACCGGACCGACGUGCGCGUCAUAUUCAUCACACUCUACUCGCUGGUGUUCUGUUGCUGCUUUUUCGGGAACCUGCUCGUGAUUCUCGUCGUAACGCUCUCGAGAAGACUGCGCUCGAUAACGAACUUCUUCCUUGCGAACUUGGCCGUGGCUGACCUGUGCGUGGGGGUGUUUUGUGUGAUGCAAAACUUGACUAUCUACUUGAUCGAAAGCUGGGUGUUUGGGGACUUCCUGUGCAAGAUGUACCAGUUUGUGCACUCGCUCAGCUACACCGCCUCGAUAUUCAUCCUGGUCGUCAUCUGCAUGGAGCGGUACUUUGCCAUCAUCCAUCCGAUCACGUGCAAGCAGAUCCUCACAUCGCGCCGGUUGCGACUCGUGAUCGUAGCCGUUUGGAUAACGUCCGCCGUGUACUCGAUCCCAAAGUUCAUCUUUGUGCGCACGAUCACGAACAAUCUUGGCGAUGAUCAGCUGGAAACGAUCUGCAUCGUCAAUCGGAAAAUGUUCAACUCCGAGCUGUUCGAUAUCAUCAACUUUGCCCUGCUGUACCUUCUGCCACUAAUAGUCAUGACGGUCCUGUACAGCCGCAUCGCGAUCGCUUUGUGGAAAAGCUCCCGGGGGUUAGAACGGCACAUCGCACUGCAGAAUACGACCUCAGCUAGCUACACGAGCAACUUUCACCGGAAGCCAAGCAGCAAGUACGAAAAACGAGCCGCAGGUGUCACCGAAAGCCAGGUGUCGGUGGAAUCGGAUAAGGUGGUGGUGACGACGUGGCCAGCACAGAACAGCUUCCACCAACGGCACGGCACUCAGCUGACGCAGGUCUCCCAUUCCUCGAACAACGUGUUGCGAGCUCGCCGGGGCGUCAUCCGGAUGUUGAUGGUGGUGGUGCUGACGUUCGCCCUCUGCAACUUGCCCUUUCACGCGCGCAAGAUGUGGCAGUACUGGUCCACGGACUACAAGGGUGAUUCGAACUUUAACGCGCUUUUCACACCGCUCACCUUCCUAGUGACGUAUUUCAACUCCGGCGUCAAUCCGCUUCUGUACGCGUUCCUAAGCCGCAACUUUCGCAAAGGCAUGCGCGAGCUGUUGCUGUGUUCGUUCAAGAAGAACAAGAACAAAUCGCUCAACCAGCGCAUCCCGCUGCACCGACCACGGUCCAUCCUAGUGCUGUUGCGGCAUGCCAUGCUUUGCUGGGCCACGGACAAACCGACCGUCUCCCUCACGACGCACUGUCCUUCGCCGACGUCCCGCUCGCUUGAUGGCAUCGAUGAGCGGAUGCUGUGA